AUGUCGCGCCGUAAUAGCAGCGUCGUCGCCGUCGACCUAGAGCAGGCCCGACGCCUUUCGCUUGCCGUUCCGGACUUCAAACAAGUUGCCCAUGAUGCCAGCAAAGCGACGCAGUCAGAGCAGCACAUGACGUUGAGACAGGGCAUCGAUCUAUACCCCAAAGCCAUUGCCUGGUCGGUUCUGCUUUCCGCCGCCAUCAUCAUGGAAGGCUUCGACAAGGUCCUGAUUGCCAAUCUCAUGGCUGUUCCUGCUUUCAAGCGGAAAUUCGGUGUAGAGCUGCCUGGAGGCGACUGGCAGCUUACGGCAGCUUGGCAAGCCGGCCUUACAAACGGUGCCUAUGUGGGUGAAUGCGCGGGCCUGCUACUCAACGGCAUCAUCGCGGACCGCUUUGGAUACAAGAAAACCAUGAUUGGCGCCCUGUUCGCCGUCAACUUGUUCAUCUUCGUCGUCUUCUUUGCCCAGAACAUCGUCAUGCUUCUGUGCGGUCUCAUUCUCUGCGGUAUUCCAUGGGGAGUCUUCCAGACCCUGACGUGUACAUAUGCCGCAGAAGUCGUGCCCGUUCCACUUCGUCCCAUCCUCACUACUUAUGUCAAUCUCUGCUGGGUCAUAGGCCAGUUUCUCGCAUCAGGCGUUCUCAAGGGCGUGGCCGAGGUUCCGGAUCAGUGGGCAUACCGCAUCCCGUAUGCGCUCCAAUGGAUUUGGCCCAUUCCUUUAAUGAUUGGCAUAUCAUUCGCCCCCGAAUCGCCCUGGUGGCUGGUCCGCAAGGACCGCUGCGACGAGGCCAAGAUGAUGCUCAUGCGGUUGACAUCACCCGAGAAGCUCCCAGACUUCAACGCCGACGAAACAAUCGCCAUGAUGCGGCACACUAACGCAAUGGAAAUGGCCCUCUCUGAAGGAACCUCGUACCUGGAUUGCUUCAAAGGAACCGACCUCCGCCGCACCGAGAUUGCAGCAAUGGCAUGGUUCACACAGGCCUUCUGCGGCGCUGGCCUUAUCGGCUACAGCACCUAUUUCUUCCAGCAAGCCGGCCUCAGCGACUCAGAUGCCUUCUCCAUGAGCUUAGGCCAAUAUGCAAUCGGUGGCGUAGGCGUAAUGGUAGCUUGGAUCCUCAUCCAGCGCAUCGGCCGCCGCACCUUGUACGUAGUAGGUGAUCUCGUAAUGGUCAUUCUGCUCUGCAUCAUCGGCGGCCUGGGCACCAUCCACAAGGGCAACGUUAGCGCACAAUGGGGCAUUGGCAGCAUGCUUCUUCUCUUUGCUGCAGCAUACAACUGCACUGUCGGCCCUGUGUGUUAUUCCAUCGUCGCCGAGAUUCCGUCGACGCGUUUGCGCCAGAAAACCGUUGUGCUGGCGCGCAACUUUUACAAUCUCGGCUCCAUCAUUGGCAACGUCAUCACUCCGCGUAUGCUAAAUCCCGGUGCAUGGAACUGGGGUGCCAAGAGCGGCUUCUUCUAUGCCGGAACCUGCUUUUGCUGUUUUUUGUGGGCGCUGUUCAGACUGCCGGAACCCAAGGGGCGGACCUAUGGUGAGUUGGACGUCUUGUUCGAGAGACGCGUUCCUGCACGCAAGUUUAGGACGACAGUAGUAGACGGAUUUGGAGGCAGUGACAGGGACAGCAUAUAUGCGGAUAAGAAGGGCGUUUCCACACAUCUGGAGCAGGUUAGCUCGAAAGAUGCUAUCUAG